AUGGCCAAAUUUAAACACACUUCCUGGGAAGUUAUGAUCAACGAGGAAAGAAAUCUUGCCGUGAAUAAGUGGCUCAGCCUGGUCAUGGUCGAGCCCUUGACCUUCGGUGUAGCUAGGAACUUCUACGCCGGCAAGGCGUCGGGGAUCUCUUCGGGAUCACUUGCAGACAGCAUUUCGGAUUGCCUUGCUGCCAAGGCCACUUCGACGAUCAAUGCCAGGGCUAAUUGCUUGUUGCGGUUUGUUUCUUGGGCAAAGGGGAACAUGCCGUUUGUUUUUCCCUUGACCGAGCACGCUGUAUAUGCAUACUUCGAGGAGAAGAAAUCGACAGCAGCCGUUUACACUUCGGGUCGCGUCCGCGGCCUUGCGUCGAAGCUUUUCAUGCAGAAGAGGAAGCUCAAGCAGCGGAAUCCCCUCAGGGUCUCCGAUGUCAUUCUUCUUGAAAGGAUUUGCUGCAAGCUUGAAGACAGGUCUUUGCAGGACCGCAUCGCUGCAGGUUUCUUUCUUUUCUUGAUCUAUGCAAGAGCUAGAUACAGUGACGGGCAAAAUGUAGCAUCGCUGACUGACUCGCCGCUCUACUUGGAGGGCAGGUCCAAGACGAGUUUCACUUUGGAACGCAAGACCAGGUACUUGCCGAUGGCUGCCAGGAAGGUGGGCGUCAAGUGUGCAUGGGCCGAUGCUUGGCUUGAGGCUAUGGCAGAAGCAGGUCUUACGCUCAAGAAGAACGACCCGCUGCUCCCCUGCCCUUCCUCGAAUGGUUCUUGGAAGAUGGUCCCGCUUCCGUGCGAUCAGGCGUGUUCGUGGCUCAGGAGCCUGCUGGGGAACGCUCAGAGCGAUCCCUACCUUGCGAAUGUGGGAACACAUAGCCUUAAGAGAACUUUGCUGAGUUGGGCAAGCAAGCGUGGUCUGCCCAGAGAACAGAGGGCCCUCUUGGGGUAUCAUACGUCCCGAGCCUCGGGUGCGGGAUCAGAGCUGAUCUAUGAGUCCGAUGCCCAGUCGGCUCCGCUCAGGGCUUUGUCAUCUAUGAUCGACGAGGUCUCGUCCGGGACUUUCAAGCCUGACAAACCAAGGGGGCAGCAACUUGCUUCCGAGCUGUCGGCAACUGCCGACCCCCCUGGCGAUGAGAUCGAGUCGUCAGACUCUGAGGGCUCCGAGGACGAGGAGGAGAUUGACCACUCAGGAGACGAAGCUUGUGCUGCUGAGGCUUUGGACUGGCAUGGGAAGGUCGAUCUCGACAAGAUUGAUCCCUCUUGUGUCUUCUUUCGGCAUCGCCAAUCCAGGGUAGUGCACAUCACUGCCGACGAAGCCGGUGCCAACCUGGGCUGCGGUAGGGCCAUUUCGGGUCAGUACAGGAAGCUGGAGGCGCGACCCGCAAUUUUGCAUCCAAGGUGCAAGCAGUGCUUCAGGAAGUACUUGAUUGUGCAGCAGGGCACAUGA